ACCAUCAGAACUGCUCAACUUCCUGCACAGCUGCACAGGCUAAUCAGGCAGAAGUGACCAAAGCAGCAAGAUGUUGCCACCACUUCUUAUUGUUUCAAUAAGCAUUGUAGCUAUUGAAGUUGUUGUUGGAUUUAUUGGAAAUGGAUUUAUUACUACUAUUAAUAUAAUCAAUUGGAUCAAAAGCAAAAAAAUAUCUUCUGCUGAUUUGAUCCUGAUCUUUCUGACCACAUCAAGAUUUAUCUUGCAGGUGACGGUCCUGAUGCACAUCCACAGUCUCUACUUUGCUGACGUGUUUAAGUUGGCUUCAGUGUACAAGGACUUUGGUGCUGUGUGGAUGUUUGUAAACCAUAGCAGCUUGUGGUUCAGUUCCUGGCUCUAUGUACUAUACUGUGUAAAAAUAAUCAAUAUCACCCACUGGCUGCUGCUGCAAAUCAAGCGCAGAAUAGCUGAGAUGGUCCCAUGGCUUCUUCUUGGAUCACUGGUGACCUCUUCUAUGACUUCUCUUCCUUUACUAUGGAUUACACCCAGCACUUAUCUAUGCAGCUCAACAGGGAACUGCAGAGAAAACAGCACAGCUCACAUCAUGGACUGGGAUAGUUCAUCUCUCUACUUGCUCUUUCUUUACUUUGUAGGUUGUUUUUUCCCUCUAGUACUCUCCAUGGUGACUUCAGCUCUGUUAAUUACUUCUCUGUGGAAACACAGAAAGACAAUGCAAUCUUAUGCAGAUACUUUCAGGGAUGCUAUGAUGGAUGUUCAUCUAAAUGCUAUUAAAUCCAUUAUUUCUUUCUUAAUCCUGUAUCUUUCCAGUUUUGUAGCUCAAAUUCUGUUGAUACUCUCGACAUCUCAAAGUAAAGAUGUUGUGAAAGUUGCAGUAUCCUUAGUUGUAGCUGGGGCAUAUCCUUCCAUGCACUCAAUUAUCCUGAUCAUAGUCAAUUCAAAACUGAAAUUGGCUUUUAGGAACCUUUGCCUGCAUGUUAAGUGCCAUUUGGAAGAUAAGCCUCCAAGCCCCAGGCUUGAGAGAAACACUCUCCAGUAA